AUAUAAUACUGUUAAUGUUCAUACACAGAUUAAUAUGGCGACUGAAUCGAGUAUUAUGUGUAUCAGCUAACGGUAAGAGUUCCUGCAGGACAACAAUCUGUGAUCAAAUAUGUAAAAAUGCAAUUUGCACAUUAUCAUAUAAAUUAAUCCUGCUUGCUAUAAGCUGUUAUGAAUGAAUACAUGUUUAUUUUGGUGUGGUAAUCUCCUGUUGACCUGCUGCUCAUUAGAUAAGAGCAUUAUUAAGAGCAUUCAGGUAUUAAUAUAAAAUAAUUAAUGUAUAAAUAUAUAAUAAAUGGAAUCUAUAUAAUAAGAUAGUAAUUUAUAUAAUUUAUUUUAAAUAAAAGAUCAAUUAUAAACUCUUUAUUUAUACAAACUGCAUUAUGACCCUUUCAGAAAAUAAGUAUACUUCAAGUUCAUUUUAUUAAGUAAAGUUCAAGUAUAUUUUUAAGUAUACUUUAUGUAGUAAGUAUACUAAUAUCAAUGUACUAGUAGUAUACUUGUAAGUGUACUAUUUCAAAACGAAUACUUGGGGCUAAACUGGCCCACUUUUUAGUGUACUACAGUAGUAAAGUUGUAAACAGUAGUAAACUUUGAGUAUACACUAGUAUACUCAAACUACAUUUUUCAUUUGUGCUGAAACUAUAGCCUACUACAAGUGAACUUAUAAGUAUACUGAUAGUUAAAUACUUGUAGCACAUUUUUGUAGUAUAUAAAAGUACACUUUGAAGUAUACUCUCAGUAAACUAGUAGUUUAGUAGUUUUAUACUGCAAGUAUACUUGUAUGUUUUCUUUAAGUGAACUUAAUAUAUUUAUAGUUUACUAGUUUAUUUUUCACUCUAUGGAAAAAUAAAAUAAAAUAAAAGAUGACAAAUUAUAAACUUUCAAAAAAAUAAGUAUACUUCAAGUUAGUUUUUAUUAAGUACACUUAAGUAAUGUUCAAGUAUAUUUUUAAGUAUUCUUUGCAUGCAGUAGUAAAUAUACUAAUAUAAAUGUACUAGUAGUAUGCUUGUAAGUGUACUAUUUUAAUACUACUUGGUACUAAACUGGCCCACUUUUUAGUGUACUACAGUAGUAAAGAAGUAAACAUUAGUAAACUUGGAGUAUACACUAGUUUACAACUACAUUUUUCAUUUGCACUAAAACUAUACUACAAGUGAACGUAUAGGUAUGAUAGUUUACUAGUUAAAUACUUGUAGGACAUUUUUUACUAUAUAAAAGUACACUUUGAAGUCUACUCCCAGUAAACUACUAGUUUAGUAGUUUUAUACUGCAAGUAUACUUGAAAUUUGAACUUAACACCAUAUAUAUAGUUUACUAUUUAUAUAUUAUUUUUGCAAUUCAAGUACUUCUAUGUUCCUAUUUAGGUAUUCAUUUUUAUACUUGAAACACACCUUUAACUGUACCUAAGUAAAUUCAUAUGCACACUACCAGUGGACUACACAAAAAUUCACAUACUCAGAAUUAGGAACAUAUCUGUUUUCUUUAUAAAUCAACAUUUUCAAACAAAUCUGUUGUACUGGAUGCCAAAAUAAACAAACAAAAAAAUAUUUAACAGGCUACUCAAUCAAAAGAGUAAACACAACUGAAAGCCAAGUAUACUUAGAGUGCUUAAUUAUAGCCUACUUCUAAGUAUAUCUCUGUCAAAUGAUUGAGUACAAGUACUGGCCAAAUAUACUUACACUUUCUGUCAGAAUAAGUCUUAUUUUUAGUUUAAAAGAAGUAUACUAAUAGGACACUUGAAUAAACUUCUUCUUUAUAAGGGGAAACGAGUUUGUAUUCCAGUUUUAUUUGUUGGCAUAUACUUGUUUUCACACAUUUGAUGAAUAAUAAGUCUUGUCAUAAAUUCCCCUGUAGCCGCAGCAGUAUGUGUGAAGGACCGUCAGCGAUCUCUGGUCCCAUUCCUCCAGACCCCACGCUGUUUCCAGAAUAUUACAAACGCCCAUCCUCUGCUCGUGGUCGGCUCGAGGGAAACGUUCAGAAUGGCUCGUCUCCUCUUCUGAAGGGCCCGUUGGCUCCGGACCCUGCGCUCUACCCUGGGUGCUACAGCGCCCGCUCCAGCCCUCGACCCCGCAUCGGUGCCAACGCUGUUCACAUCCUAGAGAGAGGACAGAGGGGGGUUGUGGGAAACCUGCUGAGGCUGGAGGGAGUGGCGCUGAACCCCAGUCCAGCCAAACCUAAGCCUGCCAUACGGGACUUCGGUAAAGAAAAUGUGCGCAAGCUCCGUGAAGUCCAAAAGCGGUUUCGGGAGCUGGAGGCGCAGAGAGAACAUGCCAAACCUGUGCCGGUUAAAGCACUCUGGAUCUCUCCAAAAUAUCAGGACGUCCCCUCCAGGGUAAUGGCCCAGUUACAGGAGAUGAGCCCCUCGAAGAAAGCUGAAUGUCAGAACUUCCUGAAGGCUCAUUCGCAGUGUGGCGCUGGAGGUCGACCGCCGCUCCGCCGCUCAGAGAGCGGACCGUCACCGUCAUCCACAGCUGCUGCAGGAGACUCCAACACUGAAAUGCAUGUGAGAGGACACACGGUAGACUUUGUGAGUCAUAACGCUCGUGCUGCGAGGAAGACGAACCUGAGGAGAUCUCAGUCCUUACAGAACCUCAGAGAUAAAACCCCACCCAGCGCCAUCAAGGGCAAAGUGCCAGAAUAUCUGGAGCAGAGGAAGGUGCAGUGGAAAAAAGAAGAGGAGGAGAGGAGGAGAAACACUCCUGAUCCCUCCAUUCCUGCCGGACACACGCAGAUGUCUGAAAGAGAGAGGCAGGAGACCCUGCAGUCCCUCAAAGAAACUCACAGGUCUCUGGUCAGUGAGCUGCUGUCUCUCCCGGUGAAAGCCGACACUCUGAGCCUUCGCUCUCGACGCGCCGGACUCGAUCAGCGGCUCUCGGAGGUCGAGGAGGCCAUCAAAAUCUUCUCACGUGACAAAGUCUAUGUGAAAGUCGACUCUUGAACACUCGCAUCAGGCUGUUUCUGCUAUGUUUGUGUAUUUAUUAGUGAGCAGUAGUUCUUCCGUUUCCUGAGAAUGCUUGACACAAAGAUUUGUGACUAAAUAUUACGCAUAUUAGUGGGAGAAAUCAUUGAUUUCUUUUUUUGCUAUUACAUUGUUCUGCAUUCAUGCUUUAGUAAAUAAUACUUAUGAGAUUAAAAAGUCGUAAUUAUGAGAUAAAACGUUGAAAUUAUGAGAGUACAGUAGAAAUUACGAGAUGUUAAAAAAAUCUAAACUUUGAGAUUAAAAAGUAAAUUGACUUUUGGCAUUUUAAUAUAUCAUAAUAUAAUGUUAUUAAUAUAUCAUUAUUUAGAUUUUUUUAAAAUCUCAUAAUUAUGACUUUACGGAAUAAUUGUGAUUUUUUUAAAUCACAUAAUUUUGACUGAAUUAGUUAAUAUAUCACA